AUGACCGGAAUUAGCUACGAGCAUAGCAAGCACCCAAGCAUCAUUUCCCCUAUUGACGAGGAGUCCUAUAAUCAGUAUUUCGAGGUCCUAAGUCCUCCGAAGCCCCUGUCCUGCGGUACAAAAGCGCCUACAAACACGCCUUCCGCCACAUUGCCUAUGGGUCGAAAGCUGUCCGCUGCAGCUGAAGCGCGGUCAGCAUCCUAUAUCAAUAAUGGGAACAGAGGAUCACUUCCAAAGGAUAAAUCACAUCUAGGUACUAGAGACGUCUCAGAAGCUAGUGCUAAAUCCAACCUGUCCACCGAGCCUGUUACUGAUACCGCAGCAACGAGCAAGCUCCCUGUCGGCCUAAAUGUCCAAGUUAAAGGCAGAAAGGAGGGGAUGGUAUCGGAUAAGAAGGAAAACGAGAUUACGGUAGAAACUCCGCGAAGGGAAAGUGACAAGGCCCACCAUGCUGGGUCCAAGACAGCCGUACGUACCAGUGGAAACCUAGAGACUCCCACUGGAUCUAGAAGAAGACGGUCGACAGGUUCUGCUCGCAGGGAAAGCCUCAGUUUUCCCAAAGGAGAGCCAAUUUUGCUUUCUCCAGCACAAGAGUUGUCUGAAGUAGAUGAUCUUCUCCGACGGGCUGGUCUCGAAGAACUUCUUGGACCAGGAAGCCACCGUGCAGGUUCUGUAGCCGAAGUGGCCGAGAUUGACUAA